AUGUCAGGGCUGGAGAAAUGGAUGUUCCUGGUUCUGUUUGCCACUGAGUUCAUUCUGGGGAUGCUGGGGAAUGGUUUCAUAGUAUUGGUCAAUGGCAGCAGCUGGUUCAAGAACAAGACAGUCUCUUUGUCUGACUUCAUCGUCACUAACCUGGCUCUCUCCAGGAUCGUUCUGCUGUGGAUUCUCUUGGUUGAUGGUGUUUUAAUGGUGUUCUCUUCCAAAAUACAUGAUGAAGGGUUAGUGAUGCAAAUUAUUGAUAUUUUCUGGACAUUUACAAACCACCUGAGCAUUUGGCUUGCCACCUGUCUCAGUGUCCUCUACUGCCUGAAAAUUGCCAGUUUCUCCCCUCCUACAUUCCUCUGGCUCAAGUGGAGAGUUUCCAGGGUGGUCGUACACAUGAUUUUGGGUGCCCUGUUCUUAUCGUGUGUCAGUGCCAUGUCUCUGAUCCAGGAACUUAAAUCUGUUCUCAGUGGGAUCAAAGGCACAGGGAAUGUGACCGAGCACUUUAGAAAGAAAAGAAAUGAAUACAAAGUGAUCCAUGUUCUUGGGACUCUUUGGAACCUCCCUUCCCUAAUUGUGUCUCUGGCCACCUACUUUCUGCUCAUCCUUUCCCUGGGGAGACACGUGCAGCAGCUGCAGCAAGGCGGCAUCAGCUGCAGAGAUCCAAGCACUGAGGCCCACCAGAGAGCCAUCAAAAUCAUAUCUUUCUUCUUUCUCUUCCUGCUUUACUUUCUGGCCUUUUUGAUUACAUCAUCCAGUUAUUUCAUACCAGAAUCUGAGAUGGUUAAUAUAAUCGGAGAAGUAGUUACAAUGUUUUAUACUGCUAGCCACUCAUUCAUUCUCAUUCUGGGGAACAACAGGCUGAAGCAGACGUUUGUGGAGAUGCUGUGGUGUGAGCCUGGCCAUUGGAAGCCUGGAUUCAAGGGACCUUUUGCCCCAUAG